AUGGAGCACCUUCAAGCAGUCAAGGACGGAGCUGCAGCCAGACGAGAAGAAAGACGAGUUAAUGAAUUAGCGGAAGCUGAAGAGAUACGCCAAGCUCUUCUGCAAAUAGAAGAGUUUGAACGUGAAGAAGCUCUCAAGGCUGAGCUAUUACGACAGGAGCAGGAACGGUUGGAAGAGGAACGCCGACAGCGCGAGCUCGAGGAAAGGGCCCGACAGGAAAGCAUUCGACGAAGGGAUAUCGAAAUCAAGUAUCAUGAGUUACGGAUUUCACUCGACCAAUUACAUGAGUUACAGCAAGUAUUGCUCGAAAUCGACCAGGAAACAGAGGGCGAGGACAUGGUUAUUGGCAUCGAAUCCGCGAAAGACUCUUUGGAAAAGAAGCACGAAUCAGAACGGUCUGAGUUGAAGAUCACCAUUUCGAAGAAGAUGGCAGAAAAGGAAGAUGCCUUGAACAAAGAUUUCCAAAUUCGAGCAGCUCAAGAAAAUGACCUCGAACAAGCCUAUCAUGAGCGACUCAAAGCUUAUUGGAAGGAUAGGAAAGAUGGGGACGAAGAAAUAGAAAACGCGAUGCUCGAUUUGAGAAAGCGCAUGGAUCAAAAACAAUAUGCCUGGCAAAAGUGGAAGGCUGAGCAGCUCAAGGACUUGGAGGUAAAACUCCAAGACAACGAAACCUACAGAGAGGAGCUCAUGUACAGCGCCAAGCACAGACUAGACGAUUCCUGCAAAGAGAAGGAGAGAGAAAUGGUGAGGCGUAUGGCAGCUGAGAAUAAGUGGCUAGAAGCUGUUGUAUUGGAGAGGGAGAAGCUCCUCAGUGAGUGGGAGUAUGAUGAGGUUGAAGGCGAUGCUGAUAGUAUAUUUGCACCAGAGUCAGAUGGUUCUGGGGACGGAAACUAUAUUGUUGGAACGGCGUCGUAG